UGGAGGAACUAGGUUUCAAAACAGGGAACUUCGGCAGUGAAGUAGCGCAAUCGUAAUAUGGAUGUUGUUGAGGACUUUCAUAUAAAAAUCAACUCAAAUGAGACGAUCGGUGACGGGAAAGAAGAUGCCGUUGCUCAUUUUACAGACUCGAGUGUAUUCUUAUGGGCCACGAUGUUGACGUAUGGAGCGUUUUCACUUGUUGGAACGUUAGGUAACCUGGUCGUAAUUGUUGUAGUAGCAGCCAACAAGCCCUUACAUACUAUGAGCCAGUUCCUGAUAACACAGCUGGCCAUUGGUGACCUGAUCACUCUUCUAUUUUGCAUGCCCUUCUCUGUCACGUCUGCUUAUUUGUUUAAGAGCUGGCCAUUCGGUGAAUUCAUGUGUUAUUUUGUGGCAUUUGGAGGAUGUAUAGGUCCAAGCGUCUCAAUUCUAACCCUGUUGGUGAUGAGCUUUGAGAGGUAUCUGGCUGUAGUCUACCCGUUGAAGGCAAAAUCGUUCUGGACUAAAGGCAAAGUUUGUUUGGCCUGUGCGUUUAUCUACCUUGUGUCUUUUACGCGUGCCCUGAUCCGGCCUAUUUUGGUGAAGAACUAUUCUAUUGUCUACUCAGAAGACGACACGGGAAAAGGCAAGUGUAGCUCCACAGUUGGGUCCAUAGAGCUUAUCGUUUUCAAUGCAAUAGGUGGAGUUGGCUUCUACUGCAUCCCUCUUUUGAUCAUCGGGUUUUGCUACGCGAAGAUCCAUACUGAAAUACGAAAGAGCAUCAAAAUGGCUGCUGGCUCUGAUGACAUUAUAAAAAAGAGGGAAAGGGCAACUAGAGUUGUGUUCGCUAUCAUCAUUCUAUUUGGAGUUAUGUGGCUCCCUAUCUACAUCGUUACUCUUAUGUACGUCACUGAUGAUAUCAAGGUUUUUGGCAAAGAGAAUUGGUUCAUCGUGUUUGUGUUUGUUGCGCGUAUCUUAGAGUAUGGGAAUGGUGUCGUCAAUCCUAUAUUCUAUUCUCUCCUUAGUGAUAAAUUCCGGAAAUGUCUGAGAAAUCCAGCGUGCUGUGCUCCAGGAGUAAAAGAAGGAUUGUCGGAGACUUCAGCCUCCACUUCUAAAACUACAUCGACUACAAUCCUCGAUGAUAAGAAAUAACAGGUCAAACGAGCACGAUGAGCACAAGCCACUGACACAAACCCGUAUAUCAUUUUGUAUAUAAAUGAAUUAAGGAUGCACAUCAUGAUAGAGGACACGCAUAGGCUAGUAGAUAAAUGUGUUAUAUAGUGCAGAGACAUAUAAAGCAAUUAUAUAAGAGUAUAAUUCGUAUAUAUGCUUUCGUUAACACUCCGAUUUUUUGUGAUAGGGAUAUCGAUAAAGUUCGAUCCAUGGUUAAGAUGACAUCGCACUUGAAAGAUCUUCAUAGAUUAUUUGCAUAAUAUACAGUUGCCCCAGCUAUCGAAUAAAUAGCAUUCAAAGAAUGAGUCAUGGAAGACUCCAUCAUUAUCAUUGUUUUU